AACUGAAAUUGGUUACGAUAACACCUCACUCUAUACAGUUUGCAUUGGUUUGACAACACAGGUUUUCUUGCUGAUUCUAAACGUCAAAGACGAUACGAUACGUGCGCUGAAAUCAAAACAAUCAAUGCAAGCCGGCCCUGAAAAAGCGCCUUUUUGUAAAAGAAAUAUCACAAGUAAAAGAUAUUCGUUCUUGCUUGUGCUGCUAGAGAAGUAUUAUCGAGAUGGCUACAAACGGAAUAAGUGAAACUCGCACUUCCAUUAACUGCGAAAACAUUCCGGAACUGUUUCUGGAUAAGCUGACCGCAAAGAUGCACUUUAGCCAGUUUGGCAAAAUCAAACGCUUUAUACUAAGACCAAGCCGUCUUGCGUGUACGGUCGAAUACGAGCAACCCGAAGCGGCGCAACAAGCUCUGGAAAGAGGCGGCCAGUACAAGAACAUGUCGUUCAUCAUCUCUUGGACGGAUGUAAAACCUCAGUCGUUCGGUGAUAAUGGCAAAAUUGGCGGACCGUCUAUCGAUAUGGAGGUGCAGAUGGAACUGGAAGCUAUUGAUAACACACGGGGAGCACCUUCGCCAAAUUUGUUGGCGUUUUAUAAAAGUGGAGAACAGCGACCUGCGAUUGUCACAAACAGUCGUCCCUCUCUUCCUAAACCCGCGUUACCUCCUGCAGCCCGUACGGAGCAAGACCCAAAGAUUAAACAGGCUCGGGUGGAGCUAGAAACGUUAGCACGCAAACCAGCGUUUUCUGCCGAAGAGCGUUACAGAGUGCUGGAGGCAAAGGAUCGCUACAUUCGCCUCACAACGGAACGGACGACUGACAUUCGCAAGGCAAAAAACAUCGUAGGCACUUGUCCAGACAUGUGCCCUGAAAAGGAGCGCUAUCUACGUGAGUGGAAGUGUAUGGUGCCUUCGUAUGAGAAACAGGCCGGCGGUGCUACGCAGAUUGAUCACGUGAAAGCUAUCAAACAGUACUCUCGCAGUUCAGCCGACCAGGAACUACCCUUACCGCACGAGUUGCGCUCGCAGCAAGCACUUGGACGCACGAUGCACUUCUUGCUUAUCAAUUUAGCUGACCUAUGCGAUGAUGAUGAAAGUGAUGGAGGGGGAAAUGUAAGUGAUUGGUUCCAUUACAUCUGGGAUCGAACGCGCGGUAUCCGGAAGGACAUUACGCAGCAAGACCUUUGCUCACCCACCGUUGUUGAGCUGGUGGAACAGUGCACUCGCUUUCACAUACAUUGUGCGGCUCGACUUGUGUCCGAGGAUCCAUCCGUGUUUGAUCAGAAAAUCAAUACCGAAAACAUGACGAAAUGUCUGCAAACACUCAAGUACAUGUAUACCGAUCUGGCUAAGCGCGGUCAACGUUGUCCAGCAGAGGCGGAAUUUCGUGCUUAUAUGGUCCUGCUGUACCUGAACGAUGGCAACUUCUUGUGGGAGCUACGCCAGCUACCGGAAGCAAUUAUUCACUCGAGGGAAAUCCAAUUUGCGCUCUCGGUGUACUUCGCGCUGGAGGAGAACAAUUUUGUGCGAUUUUUCCAGCUUGUACAGUCGACCAGCUACAUGAACGCAUGCAUCUUACUACGAUACUUUACGCAAGUCCGUCAGAAAGCGCUGGAAAUUCUACGGAAAGCGUAUGCAGUACGAUCAACGGCGACCUUCUCGCUGGAGUACAUGACAAACAUCCUUGGCUUUGAGGAUGAAGAGGAAGCGGAUGCUUUCUUCGAUCACUACGGCAUUGUGGUCGAUCAAACGACCGAUAUGGUAAUAUUUGAACCCAGGCAGUUGAAUUUCUACAAACCUGAUCUUCCGUUUCCGACGUCCCGUGCAGUCCGACUAGUUGAGAGUAAACGCACCGUAUCGACUGGUGAAGCCAUCUGCGGACGUCCACUGGAACAGUGGGAGAAACAGUUUCCUGCUAUACAGCGUCCAACCGAAAGCUUCGACACAAACGGAUGUUUAAAAGAGCAAGUGCUUGAAAAAGUCUUUGCUGAUCGUAAGGAGAAUGCAGAAGAGAGUUUAACCCAACCUCAGAAAACGACUCUUAAAGAUCUUCUACCUCUACAACCAAUCGAGGAAGAUAAGGUAGACAGUACGAUAUUGAAUGCACGCGAUGAAACAAUGUCGGAUGAUAGAAUCUUCAAAGUGCCUUCGCCCACAAUCGCCAUUCCGCGGUUAUCUCCUCGUGCUCGUACUCCUCCCAGUAAGCCAACUGCAGCACCGUUUGUUGUCGAACAAAAUGUUGCCACACCAUCAGCAGCGAUAGUAGGAAUGUUCGAUUCAAAAGCACCUAGUGCGGAAUCUUCCAUCUUCCAAGCAUCAACAGCCGUUGCUCCAAAAGCAUUUACAUUUCCCACCGGUUUUGGCAAUAAUGUAUUUGGCAGCGUCACUCCACCCAGCAAUCCUUCAACGACAACUUCUGGAGUUGAUGGCAGUAAACUAUUCGGCUCAUUUGGAUCUAGUACAUCAACGACUGGAAGUAGCAUUUUUAAUCAAUCGACCAGUAACGCAACAAUAACAAAUAAACCCAAUACGUUUGGCCAGCUCAGCAGCAUCCCAAUGCAGCAGUACAUUAGUCCACCGACAAACAUUUCUAUAACACCUGCCGGACAAACGUUCUUUGAAGCAGCCAAAGAAACGUCCCUCAUGAAACCACAAACACCGGCCGCAUCGGCUUCAUUGUUCCAGCCCAAACUAUCUGGAUUCUCUCCAUCGACGACAUUCGGCGGGGAAACGUUGUCCGGUUCAGUAAAUCCUUUCGCAAGGGUAAAUAUAUUUGAUCAAGCGUCUGCAAUGCCUAAUAAAACGCCUAGUAGUUCAUCUCCGGCGCUUGUGGGUGGCUUUUUCCAGCAAUCCCUCAAAGAAAAGAACGAUUUCAAGGAAACCGUUGCUGCAACGCCCAAACGGCCAGAUCCAAAUGAGCUUGCAGAGCUCGAGGAACAGCAGGAAAAGUUAAAACAGGAACAAGAACGAAAAAGGCAGGAACAGCUCGAGAAGGAACGUAAGCAAUCAAUUGAACGGGCAAUUGCUGCUGAGCUGGAGAAACUGCUGGAUCUAGCUGUACAAGAGAUUGUACCGGAAAUUGCCGACACGGCAUUGGAGCGCCACAAACGAUUGCAGCAAUAUCCGCUCGAACUGUUUAACGAACUAGCGGAUGAGACCCUCGCCGCCCUUGUGCUUUCCGUGGCCAAACAGGAACUUGAUCGAAUGGAACGAAUAAAAGCUGCCCGGGCUUGGAAACUGAGCGUAAAAUAUUUCCACCGUUGGCACCGUCACGCUCAGAGUGCGGCAAGGUGGCGUCGAUUAAUGCGUACUGUCCCACCGUCCUUCAUCAAUGGCAGUGUUGGAAUCGACCAAUUACCACGCUGUGAUCAAUUACGCCCAUUCUUAAAUGCACGAUUUACGGGCACGAAACUCAGCCCCGAUCAGGUACUUCAAGAUGAGGUUGUACGUCGCGAGGUGUUCCUGUUCGAUGCAUUUCCUGAGCGACAGCUGAUCGAUCCAUUCAUGCCGCUGGAAGGUAUGAUUCACCAACUGCAGACACUAUCUCCGACCCAUUUGCUUGGACUAGCCGGACCGAUCUGCUGGAAAAUGGUGGUUUCGAUACCAACGGAAGGCGAGGAGGGUUCGGCAGGAUUUCCCAGCUUCGUUCAACGCUGGCUACAGUGCUGUGGAUUCCGGAAAGACAACAGUGCCACAAAGCAUCCAUAUUUUUACUUAGCCACAAAACCACCACCUUCGAAACAGCUACAUACAAUAAAUAGUGGCUUUUGCGAUGUUAGCAAAGAACAACGAGCAAUCUGCAUGCGCUUGCUAAGGGGACAAUCGUUAAUCAGCGAAAAGGAUACCGAUCGUGCCGAAGCAUGCAAUCUAAGCGAUGCGGUCAUAUUUUUCCUGAGCGAUCGUUGCUGUAUCGAAGAUGCUCGGAAACGCCUGAACAACAUUCUGGCAAAGUGUGGCACCGUGGAACCAAGUAUUGCUGUUAUUCUGUAUUGCCCAAACAGUGCCGGAGCUGGUGGCAGCACUAUAUCGGUGGAUAGUUUGGAACAGAAGCUAGGAUUGGCUGUAGGGACAAUCAAACGAUGGCGCGUAUUUCCUUGGUGUAAAGCAACGGAAAAUGACACACUGCGAGAGGCAAUCAACUACCUUACUAACUGUUAUCGAGCGCACCUACAGUUUGAUUCACCACGCUACCUGGAGCGAUUGGAGAUGCGUCCGCUAACCGACUUCCUGGAGAUUUGCGUUGGUCCGGAAAUGUGGUUCCGGUUGGAUAAGGCUUGCCGCAAACCAGACGGCUGCACCCUAGCCGGACGGAAUGGAAAUGCAAUGGUGCAAUUGUACAAUUCAAUCGUUAGCAAGGUUCAAUCGAUGGUGAACCAAAAUUUAAAACCGUUUGUUCGAGUGCCAGAAGAAUUUGGAAAACUUCGCGAUUGUUCGGUGGUGACUAAAACUGGAAAGUUUCUACCGUUGCCGGAAGUGUACUUUCCAUCAGAUUGGCACAGUUCCCAGCGUAAGGACCAGCUAAUACAACUGCUAAAAUCGCUUGAGCUACGCCCGCUGCCAAACAGUUUGCAGAAUGCCAUCGAUCAUGUCGCUCAAGAAGCCACCGCUCAUGGUGUCGCUACGGACGUUACUACACUCAGGGCGGAACUGAACGAGUAUCUGUCCACCUAUCGGAUACUUUCAUUGGAAGAUACAUACGCGUUAAGCACGCUUACUCAACAGCUUGUUCAGGGCAUUGUUUCACAACUAGCAGGAUGUGUCUACGAAUCGGAAACUCAACCAUCGGGAUGGACCGACGAAAAUGUGCGCCAUUGCUACUGGGUACCACUAUUAGCAUUGAUUUCGGAAAAGGUUCUACGUACUCUAUUAUUACGUACAGAGAGCAGUGAUUCAACAAGAACACUACCGCUCGAAGUAUGCUAUCGACGUAGUGAGUUUCUGCACCACACUGAAUCGAACUGGUGGAAGGAUCAACUCGUACAAUUGCAGGAACAAGCAUUGAGAGCCAUGGAAGAGACACAAAGUAACAUUAGUCUCUCGAAUCAAUCAUCCCGAUCGAACCUCAGUACCAUUACGUGCGAUCGAAAGCGUACGCAUAAGGAGAUAUCUCAAUAUAACGACAGCAUAGCUAGCUUGUGUGACAGUUUCACUAGCUACAGUGACAGUAGCUUCAGUGAUAGCAUACGAAGCGAUAGCGGGUGCAAACGGACCAAGAUAGUAAACGGUGUAAGAUACAGUCAGGAGAUUGUCGAUGAUGUGAUUGCGGAGGGCAUGAAAGCCUUGGCAAGAGCGGAACAGAUGCUUACCCAACAGCAUAGAAUCAGGAGCGAAUUACAAACCGCAUUCAAACCACUCGAACAGAAUAUACAGGAGGUUGAAAAAUCAUGUAGAAUACUUCAAUAUCAACACGGAAGAUCUUCGCCGAAGUGAAAAGACCGUUGACGAGGCAAAUAAAAAACGAUAGCUAUAGAACGAUUAUGGAUGCUGCCGAUCACAGUGAUCUAGUGUAUCUACAGAAUACAGAUCGAUAAAAUUGUAUCAUUCAAAACUAAAACAUAAAAACAAAGUUUGUCCAAUUGUUGUAAGGCAAAUGAAAAAUUGGAGGGAACUUUUUUUUAAAUUAAUUAAGUAACAAAUUAAAUUUCAAACAGCAAAAUGGUACAGUCCAUAACAGGAAGAUAAACUUAUAGUACGCAGGGCAGAUUAUCCGAUUACGGGUAAAUCAAUAAGUCAAAGAAAAUAUAGACAGUAUAGUUUGAACAACAGGGCAGAUGUGGAUUAAAGCCACAACUGGAUCAUACCUCCAAUAAACGUAACUGUUUAUUCAGCUGUGAGUAUUUUCAGUCACAGAUAACCAGUCAUUCGGCAAAGCAGGACUAGGUAACGGUAACUGUUGUUGAGCCAAAAAAACAAGAAAAAGUCACAGGUGGUGUACGUUAAAAUCGCGAACGGUAAAAGAUCUUUAUCUGCAAAAGAUGUACUACAUUCGUUGAUGUACAGAUUGUGUGUUCGUUACAGUUAUGUUAAGUAUAAGUAUAAUUUCAACCCGACAAAAAUGUAUUUUUUUAAACAAAACUUAAAUACAUUUGCUUGAUUCAA